AUGAAAACCACCCUUCUAUAUGCGUUUGGAAUAUUUAUAUUAAUCUUUUAUUUCCUUAUCAUCGUCCCAAUUCUCUUGGUUGUCGAAGUCCUUGUAUUCCCCUUCACACUUCCCUAUACACUUUACCAUUUUUCCUCAAACUGGUCCCUGACAUCGUCUGACGAAGCGCCCGUCGCGUUGUAUCUGAAACACUUUGAGCGUAUACAUCCUGACCUCAUCCGCUAUGUCGGCGCUGCUCAUGAGACAAAGAGCAGUAGGCGGCCACCUCGACACAUCAAGUUCUGGCCGCGGCAAUCGAGGCACUUCUUCUUGCCUAUACCUUGCAUCGCAACUAUUACCUACCGCGAAUGGACGUUUUCGCAUGCUGCCGGCCUUUUUGCAACGCUCGAGAAUGUGGGUUGGGAUCGGAAGCUACUGUGGACCUUUUUGCGCGACCAAGUUGAGGGAGCUGGGCUGGUGACAGACGCCGAGAAGGAUGCAUUUGCUAAGGUGAUGCAGAAGAUGAACUCCCAUAGGUAUACCGGUCUUAUAGUCGCGUUGUGGCGCAGUUGGAUCAAAUCGCGGAAUGUGGAGAAAGUGUCACAGAAUCUGCAGAGGAGAGUGAAUGAAGCGACCGACAAAUUCGGAUAUCUAGGCCUUCCCAUUGUGACUGUGACGGGAGACUCAAUGAAUUGGAUCUUGCAGAGAAGUGCGAUCCUGGUAUUAGGCGGUGUCUCUGCUCGUCCCAUAGGACGAUUGGUUUUGUUUCAGCCAGUAUGGAAGAGCGCAACAAAAGAUAUGGACUUGGAGGAAGGACAGGGCUUCUGGCAGCUAAUUUAUUAG